AUGACAUCCGGGAUGAACACGUGCGGACGGAUGGGACGCACGGGAUGCAUCUUUGUCACCUCCCAGGCUGCCGUGAGGCAAAGACUUCCACAGAGGGCCUGCAAAGCGCAACUGGAUCCGCAUGCACUUCGUGUAUUUGUCAAGUUGGACGCUGUGAACAAGGACAAGUUGGUGCAGUGGCUCCAACAGGUGAUAGCAGUGGUGGCCAUCCUCGUUUUUGCUGUGCAACGCAGACCCGUUUCUGGCCAGGGUAAGCCUGUUGCAGAGCUUACCGCAAAAAUCGCAGGUGCUGGUGUAGCACGGGAGAACAUCAAGAUUUUCACGACAGAGACAUUCUCCGAAGUGGCGCCAGAUGCCUUCCUCACACUUCUCUUUAGCAAAUAUGCUGGAAGGAGGAACUACUUGAUCACAGAGACGGCCGAGACGCCCCGGCGCCGCUGGUUCGAAGAGCUCCUUGCCCUGACGCCGACAAACCAAGUGACGGUUUGGCUGGGAAGCGACUUCCAAGUGCAGGGCCGGACCAAGAAAAAGUGA